UAUAUGUUAUUAUUUAUAAUGUUAAUGUAUUUAUUCAUAUGAUACUCAAUGAAAUGUUGUUUCCUCGUCUCCUGUCCUCUAACCUUCCCUCGGUGUCUCUACAUUCUUCAGUUGGUGGUUUUUCUCCCUCCUCCUCCCCCCUCCUGUGUGUGUGUGUGUGUGUGUGUGUGUUUGGAUUGAGAUUGAGUUACAUAGCUGUAUUGUGCAAUAGGUGUGUCUCUCUCAGGGAACCAGCAGGAAGUGUGCGUCCCGUUUGCAGCGGUUGGCUGGCAGCUGUUAAGCGUGUGACGUCACAGUCGGAGGUCCUGUUGGGACGCGCUCGGUCUGAUGCACGAACCGGUUUCACUGGAGGAGGAUGAACUAAAAACAUUCUGCAGGAGCGAGUCAGGAGUCCACAAAUAUCUGUUUCAAGAUGAUUUAUAAAUGAGGUGGCGCUAAAGCAGAGACUACGAGGCCAUCACGAUGCUAACGUCACGAUGCUAACGUCACGAUGCUAACGUCACGAUGCUAACGCCAGGAUGCCGAUGUGAUGUAAUCAUCACGCAUAGUCAGUCAUCUUCACCGCACCUCCACUGGACUGGUGGUCUCCAGUCACACAGGGCUGACAUGGAGACACACAACCGGGACCAGUCAAUUUAGAGUCACCAGGUGUCUUUGGACUGAGGGAGUCCCCCGAGAGAACCCCCGCAGACCUGGAGAGAACAUACAGAGUGCACCUAGAAAGAACCCAGGGUUCAGCAAUCGUGGCUCAGCGAUGGUCCCCAAUGUCCUUAACCGACUCUAGAUGUUUCCUCAGGGACCCGAGCAUCCAGGACCGAGGGGGGGGACCCCCUCCCCACGUUUGAUGGUCCCGCCUACCUCCUCCGCAUCAGAGAGGCCGAGUCCCGAUGGCAACCUAGACUCUUCCUCCCGUUCUCCAACGCCGCUCUGAUCCCGGACAUGGACACCGACACUGUGGACCGGGAGGGGUGCUACCACAACCGCUCCGUCGAGUUCUUCUACGAGUUGAGCGCCAAGAACAUCAGCAAGGAAUGGCGGGACCGCGACUACGUCAUCGUCACUUUGGGCAUGACGGUGUGCUUCAUCGUCAUCUUCUCCAACCUCCUGGUCAUCGCCGCCAUUCUGAAGAACAGACGCUUCCACUUCCCCAUCUACUACCUGCUGGGGAACCUGGCUGUGGCAGACCUCUUCUCAGGCGUCUCCUACCUGCACCUGAUGUUCCACACCGGGCCCUGGACCCUCAAGCUGACCAAGGACCAGUGGUUCGUGCGCCAGGGCCUGAUCGACACCAGCCUGACGGCCUCCGUCCUCAACCUGCUGGCCGUGGCCGUUGAGCGCCACCAGACCAUCUUCAACAUGACGCUGCACAGCAAGAUGAGCACGCGGCGCGUAUUCGUCGUCAUGGUGUUCAUCUGGCUGGUGGCCAUCGUCAUGGGCCUCAUCCCCAUCAUGGGCUGGAACUGCCUGUGCAACCUGCCCGACUGCUCCACCAUGGCGCCGAUGUACAGCCGCAGCUACCUGGUGUUCUGGGGCGUCCUCAACCUGCUGACCUUCUCCAUCAUGGUGGCCGUCUACACCCGCAUCUUCCUCUACGUCAGGCACAAGAGCCAGCAGAUGUCCCAGCACACGAGCCAGAGGAGACACCGCGACACGGUCUUCAACCUGAUGAAGACCGUCUCCAUGAUCCUGGGCUGCUUCGUGCUGUGCUGGACCCCCGGCCUGGUCAUCCUGCUGCUGGACGGCGUCGGCUUCGAUAAAAACGUGCUGCUCUUUGAGAAGUACUUCCUGGUUCUGGCCGAGUGCAACUCUCUGGUGAACCCGGUCAUCUACUCCUUCCGGGACAAAGACAUGCGGCGGACCUUCAAGGACAUCCUGUGUUACGUCUGCCGUCGCCACGGCGACCCCCCCGACGGCUCGACCGCUUGCUUCCACACCACGGAACAAGAGAACUAUAAGUCUCGCGUUGCCGAGCCGAUGGACCAGACCAACGGGAUUCUUCUCAUCCGUUCAUCAGAGGACGCCACCACCUCAGAAGCCUGAGCGGGACGCUGCAGACGCACCAGACUGUGACUGGAGGACUUCUGGUGGUUUAAAGAACUCUGGAGACACAAAGUCACCGAGAACAAGAAGCGUCCUUCCAGAUGUCUCUGGUUCUUCUCCCUGGUCUCCCGUUCUUCUUCAUGGUGCUGUGAGGUCCAGGAGGAUCUGCUGGAGAUAUUUGAGUCCCAUUGUUAGUUAUUAAUAUCUCAAUAAGCUGCUUUUCUUCAGUUUUAUUUUAUGCGUAAACGUCCUGUCUGCAAAAACUAAAUGUUGGUCUGCUUGAAGCCAACCUGGCAACCCGUCUUCAUCCGGGCUUUUUAUUCACGUUUCAUUACACUCAUGUUAUGAGUUUAUAUUUGGAUGCUUUUAACAUUUUAUUUAUAUAUAUAUUAUAUAUAUAUAUAUAUAUUCUAUAUAUAAUCUAUGUAUAUGUGUGUGUUCCUGUUAAUCGGAUGUGUUUAUCCCAAAGAGAAAGAGCCCUGAAUCUUCCCAGGAUGCAACAGGAGCUCAGCUGAGCUCGUUGGUGGUCACGCGGUAGCUGUACAUAUCGGUGUUAGUUGUUAGUAGCUGGUGAAAAGCAGUCGUGGAUGUUGAAGUCGGACAGGAAGCUGCCACGUUCACUUCCUGUGGGUCCCUGACGUACGGAGAGAGAAGGUCCUCCUCCCCUGGUCCCUGUGACCUCCGUCCUGAAGGCCAGCAGAGACCGGCUCAAUGUUACGCCAUCAGACGUCCACAAACGUAACGCAAAUAUUGUACCAAAAAACUGCAAAGCAAUAAAAGGCCAUGAACGCGC